AUGUUAAUGAAAUUUGAAGUUUCUGGAGAACAUCUGUUGAGAUUUAUUUUCAUUGUUAUAUGCGCGAGCAUCAUUAUAGGAGUCUCUGCAAACAAAAUAAAUAUAGUAUUUGGAUUUAUCAAUAUUAAAAAUAUAGAACCGCUAAUUUCCAUGCAAAUUAAGGAUUUAUCCAAGGAUGGGAUUCCGGUCUGGUCAUCAUUUGUAUGCUCACCAAAUAUAACAAAAUUAGAAGUAGAAUCAUUAAAAAGAGGCGAAUCGAAUGGUGAAUCAAAAGAUAAAGCGACAAUCCUAUCACCAGAACAUAUUACAAAAACUUCAACAAAUGCCUUAACAUCUGGUGAUUGGACCGAAAAACAAGAGGUUUGGCCUUGUUUUGUAUUUAAUCCAAGAAACAUCCGGUUCUUUCCUGGUGAAGUUGAUCAAAUUAUUUUAAUAGCUUAUAAUGAUAAAGAAAUUAUUAAAAGUAAUCCAAACGGUAUAUUAUUUGGUAUAUUUGAUGAAGAAAGAAAUAUGUCUAGUGUUCAACCUUUUGCUGGUCCAAUUCCUUCUGUAAACACUUUUACUUUCACAAGUAGCGUAAGACAUAAUUUAUAUGAUGGUUUCCAUUCUUCUUUCUUUGUUAAUAUGCAAAAUAUUGUUAGACAAGAUGAACCUUUUGCUGAAAAAAAGAUAUUGACAAGAUUUCUAUAUUCUCCGGAUACAUAUUUAACAAAUACUUAUACGGAGAGAAGACCAUAUACUCUAUACGAUCUUGUUUCCUCCGUUGGUGGUCUUAUGACAUUAACUUCGGUGAUCUGGUUUUUUUUGUUUGGGAGAGGCAAAUACCGUUCAUGGGGAAUAGUCCAGCGAUAUUUGCUACAUACUUCACCAAAUGCGAUGAGAAAAGAUGAUAGCGAUCAAUUAUUACCUAUUUCUUACAAAGAUAAAGACGUAGAGCGUCAAAUGAGUAGCAACACACUUUUAGGUUCACCGAGUACAAUAACCGGAAAACCGGUCUCUUCAUCACCUCCUCCUAUAAGUGACAAUACACACACAAAUUCAUUAUAUUAUUUCUCAGCUACAGGAACUCCAGCACAACAUGAAUUUUCUCCACCACCGUUUCAUCCAAUUUCAAGGUCAAAGAGUCUAAAUAAAAAAAUUGAUGCUAGAAUUAAUCAGAAACUUUGGUUUGUUGAACAAACCUUAAGUCGUCAUUACCUUUCUGGAUUUAGAUUACAUGUCCGUUCUUUGGAUCAGAAUAGUCUUAAAAAAGGUCACACGUCUUCCAGUAUAAGUUCUUUUAAUCCAGAGGAAUUCAGACCUCAAUACCCAAAUGUAACUGUACGCCAAAGUUCUCUUGAAGAGAAACCUAUGAGAAGAAAUAAAAUAAAUACUGAAUCAACUGAUAUAGGUGAUGGAUAUGUAUCUGCAUCAACACCAUCAUCAUCUCACUUACCCAAUAUUCCUGUGCAAUUACUACCUCGUAAAACAAUCACCAUUAUCACAAAGUAA